CAAAUAUUUAUUAUAAAAUAUUAAAGCUGGUUCAAUAAUUGUCUUUGUUUACUAUUAAAUAAAAUAAAUUUUCAUUUAAUUUAAAAUAAACAUAAUGGGUACGCGCAGUAAAACUAAAAACAUAAUUGGGGACGAUAAGAAUGAAAGUAAUGAAGAGAAACAGAGAGAAGAGCAGAAGAAGGUGGAAUCAUCUGGAGAAGGACAAAAAUCAAAGGAGAAGGAGAAGAAAACAAUUUAAUGAUGAUGCUAACGAAAAUAAUGGAACAAAAUGAAGAAACGAAGAAGAAAAUGGAAGAACAGAGCAUAAAAAUGGAAGAACAAAGUAAGAAGGUAGAAGAGCAAAUAGAUAAAAUUAAGGAAGAAUUAUGGGAGAAACUAGAAGCAAAGAUGGAAAAUCACGUCGAGAAGAUCAACAAAAAACAAGAAAGACUGUACAAAAAAAUUGACACACAAGAAAGCAAAAUUGAACAAAUGGAUAGAAUAAUAAUUUCAACAAAUAGAGAACUAAGAGAAGUAGAGGAAACAGUAAAGAACGGUAUACAAGUCAACUUAUGCAUCUUGGAGGAAGAAAACCUGAAAACAGAAAAAGUUACAGAAGCAAUUAGAAGAAAAAAUACAACGGAUAGAAGAAGACUGGAAGAAAAACGAAAAUAGAAGUGGUUCGCGAAUCACAGAAGAAACAAUAAGGAAAAUGGAGAAACAACAAAGGGAAGAGAGAAACUACUCAAAGAAUUGGAAAGAAUCAAGACAGACUCUACUAUAAAGACGAAUUACGUACAAGUUUGUCAUGGGGAAAGUAAUUUAAAAUUCGAUGUG